AUUAAAGCAAAUAGACCGCUCAACGCAGACAUUUCGUGUCUUUCUCGUCACAAGUUACAUCUCGAGAAAAAAAUUACGAUUACGUAGCAAAGAUAGAAGAGACAAGAAAUUGUUGACGUAAUAGGACCCCCCACGGAUCGAGCGAACGAAUAGUGAUAACGAUUGCUGAUUGGUGUCACUUGUUUGUCUCUUUCAUUUUACUUUAGUCUGCUUUGUGCUGUCUAUCGGACGUGUCGAUUGUAAAUAUGACUGAUCAAAGUAAAACAGGAGUGAUCAAUUUCGGCGCUGGCCCGGCUAAAUUACCACACGAGGUUCUGAAAAAGGUACAGAAGGAAUUACUUGCGUAUGGAAAUACGCAAAUCAGUAUUCUCGAGUUAAGUCACCGGUCAAAUGAGUUUAAGAAAGUUAUCGAUGAUGCGCAGGCCAUAUUACGAGACAUUCUCAAUAUCCCUGACAACUAUAAAAUUCUGUUCAUGCAAGGAGGCGGCACUGGAAUUUUUGCAGCAGUUCCUCUGAAUAUUAUGAAUAACGGCACUGCGGAUUAUUUAGUAACUGGUUCAUGGUCUGCAAAAGCGGCGAAAGAAGCGGUCAAGUAUGGAAAAGUGAACAUGGUAUUACCUAAAACAACAAAAUACACAGAAAUCCCGGAUCCUUCCACCUGGCACCUGGAUGCCAAUGCAUCAUAUGUUUAUUAUUGUGCUAACGAAACUGUGCAUGGAAUUGAAUUUGAUUACAUUCCGGAGACAAAUGGAGUGCCACUUGUUGCUGAUAUGUCGUCUAAUAUACUUACAAAACCGUUCGACGUAUCUAAAUUUGCAGUGAUUUUUGCUGGUGCUCAGAAGAACAUUGGGCCAGCUGGUGUCACUUUAGUGAUCGUACGAGAUGAUAUGCUCGGUCGUGCCAUGGAUGUAUGUCCGACGGUGUUAAAUUUUACUGUCAUGGCAAAUGAUAAUUCUUUGCACAAUACUCCGCCCGUUUUUCAAAUAUACAUGGUUGGUUUGGUGUUUGAAUGGAUCAAACAAAAUGGUGGAGUCGAGGGUAUGCAAAACUUUGCAAGAAAAAAGAGCAGCAAAAUAUACGAUAUAAUCGAUGGAUCAGGAGGUUUUUAUACGUGUCCUAUUAAACGAGAUGCACGCAGUAAGAUGAAUAUACCAUUUAGAAUAAAAAAUAGUGAUGAGGAACUGGAAAAGGAAUUCCUUUCUGGUGCCGCAGCUCGCGGUAUGUUGCAGCUAAAGGGUCACAGAUCGGUCGGUGGAAUACGUGCAUCUUUAUAUAAUGCAGUCACAGAAGAAGAGGCCGAAUCAUUGGCCAAUUAUAUGAAAUUGUUUUAUGAUGAAUAUUGCAAAAAGGCUGAAAAAUAAUUUGAAAAAUUAUAAAAACUAAGUUUUUUGAAAAAUUUCCUCAAAAAGUUACUUGUAAAUAUUUUUAUUAUACAACUUUAUAUAUACGAAUUUUUCAUAU